AAAAAUAUCGUUUCGGCAUGUCACCAUUAAAAAUUUAAGAAAUUUACAUGAAAUGGCAACGCAAGUUACAAGUUAAAAGUUUCAAGUGCUCAGUUCAACAGCUUAAAAAAAAAUUUUAAGGACAAUCAAGUGACUGAAAGGAAAGUUUAAUUCAGCCAUAUGUAGUAUGGAGUAACAACUUUAUUUUGAAAUUCGAAUUUAUACUACUGAACGAUACAUAAAACGCACAAAAACUAAUAAAACUAAUAACUUAUAAAUUAAAAAAUAAAAAACAAAACUGAUAUGCAAAUAACUUAUAAGCUCCUAAGAAGAAUACUGCCAGUUAAAGUACUAUAAAUCGAUUUAAAAUGAAACACAAUCACUUAUCCAUUCCGAUGUAUUUAGAUGUUAACGAAACAAAUCAUCAACUACAUACAAACAAAAUAAAUAAUAUUGAAUAAAUAGAAUUUAUUAGGCUACUCAGAAGAGUAGCCGAAACUAGUAAGUCCGAUAGUACUAUCAAAAAUAGUAUGGCUACUCUGAAAGGCGAACCACAGUUCGGUAUAUUUUUGUGCAAGACUAAGAAGGCUACUAUCCACCAAAGAAUAUUAAAUAAAAUAGCUUGUGAGAGUGAGAGGAAUGCUUUGAGUUAUAAGCGCAUUGGGCAAUGUGAGCGAGACAGAUAUAUUUAUUCGAUAUGCGAAAGGAUUUUUGGGAAUGUAAUAUUAAAGAGAAGAAUUGAGUCGUAUGGAGUUGCAUUAAAAAUGCUUUUUAUGAUAAUUGUUGUGAUAGCUGUGAUAACUGAGAAUACCGUUUCUGCUGCCCAGAGAGAUUCAUUCAAAUUAAAGGAUCCUAAUAGCAUAAGUAAUAAUGGGCACAACACACCAAAAAGUAAUGGAAAUAUUGUCACCAAUAUUAAUGAUAUCAACAGCGGAAACACCAACAAUGGCAAUGCAUUCAGCGAUUACAACAUGAAGCAUAGCAACAGCAAUGCUGAGAUGAGUACGACAAGCAAUGUAGGUAUUUUUAGUUCAUCAAAUCGCACAAACAAUGGAAAAUGGUCAACGACAACAACAACAAAAACAACAACAACAUUACAUGCAACAACAAUCACAUCAACAUCAGCAUCAGCAGCAAAAAGUGCUAGCAGCAGUAGCAUCUCCAUCGCCAGCGGUAGCUUGCAAAAAGGUAGCAGUAGCAACAUUCUAACAGGAAAUUCCGGCAUAAAUCGCAAUUCCAUCGAUUUAACGGACGAUGCACGUAAUGGGCCGUACUUCGAUAAGGCAGCUUCUAAAAAUGUAACGGCGCUGCUGGGCAAGACGGCCUAUUUAAAUUGUCGCGUAAAAAAUCUCGGCAAUAAAACUAUGUUAUUACAAGUAUCCUGGGUGCGCCAUCGGGACAUUCAUUUGCUCACAGUGGGACGUUACACCUACACAUCCGAUCAACGUUUCCGUGCUAUACAUCAACCACAAACUGAAGACUGGCUUUUGCAAAUUAAAUAUCCACAACACCGCGAUUCCGGCAUUUAUGAAUGCCAGGUAUCGACAACGCCGCACAUGAGCCAUUAUAUACAUUUGAAUGUCGUUGAGCCGUCAACGGAAAUUGUUGGUGCACCAGAUUUAUACAUAGAAAGCGGUUCAACGAUUAAUCUGACAUGUGUCAUUUUGAAUUCACCGGAACCGCCAGCUUACAUAUAUUGGAAUCACAAUAGCGCAAUUAUCAACUAUGAUUCUCCCCGUGGAGGCGUGUCUGUAGUCACUAAUAAAGGUGAUAUAACCACCUCAUUUCUACUGAUCAAAUCAGCCCGCACUUCAGAUUCUGGUCUUUAUCAGUGUAAUCCAUCGAAUGCUAAACCAAGGAGUGUUACAGUGCAUGUAUUAAAUGGUGUUUCUCAUUCUGUUUCUAGGGGAGUUCCCAGCAGCAAUGCAGCGCGCGGGCCCAACGUAUCAUCGAAUGUCUCAAAGUCACUAUAUUGCGGUGUACCUGUUAAUUUACUUAUUUACUUCAGUAUAUGCCAGACAAUACAUGCAACUAUCCAGAGCAGUUGGAGCAGAGAGAGAAGAUGCCUGUUAAGAGUGCUAAGCCUGUUGUUAAGUUUCGUUAUAGCACUAAAAAAUUUAUAUAGAAAAAGAUAUUCUGCAGAAUACUUAAUUGAGAAGAAAACAAUUUUUGCACAGCAAAUUUGUAAUAUUUUCACAUGUAAAAAUAAUACAAUUAUACAAAAAAUUAAUAAGUUAUUAAUUGAAAAUUAUUGUCUUAGUAUUAAGAAGUUAAAAAUACUACAGGUAUACUAUGAAGUUAGAUAUUCAUCUCACGGUGUUGAGCUGGAGAGUCUACAAGAUAAAAUAAUGCAAAUAAAUGUAUUGGAUGUAAGAUGAUUUCAAAGUAGCAAAAAUGUACUAGAAUAAUAUACUUUCUAUAUAAUAUACGUAUAUAUAAGUUUGGUUAAAUUUCUUUUAAAUAUAAUUUCAUUUACUCAUUAGGUAAGUGGUACUGAUAAA